GCGACUUUUCCCACUUGCAAUUUUGCAAGUCUUCCAAUUCGGUCAAGCAAGUGUCUGCAUUUAUGGGAGCACUCUUUCCCACUCUUUCCCACCACCAAUAUCGGAUAAACCCCACCUCUUCCUCCUCGUGCUCUUCUUUCUUUUCUGCUACCGUACAAGAAAGCUCAAAGCUGGAGAGAGAGAGAGAUGGGUUAUGCUAAGGUGCUUCUGGGUAUGCUUUUAGUCACUGCUCUGGCGGCCACAUCGACGGCAGAGACGAAACUCAAGUGCAGCAAAGCAGGCGCUACGUGUACCGCCCUGAUCGACUACGUGUCCCCAAACAAUACCAACAUCGCCGCCAUCCAAUCACUCUUCCAAGUGAAGAAGUUCCGGAACCUCCUCGGCGCAAACAACUUCCCCACCUCCACCCCAUCCGACAGAAAUGUGACCGCGAAGGAGAAGAUCCGAAUCCCCUUCACCUGCGUGUGCGCCAACGGGACGGGCUUGUCGAAUCGAAAACCGGUCUACACGGUGCAAAAAGGCGACUUCUUGUUCCAUAUCGCCAAUGACGUGUUCUCGGGUCUGGUAAAGUACCAGCAAAUAGUGGACGCCAAUAAGUUGCCAGAUGCGAGCCUGAUUAUUCCGGGCCAGGAGCUGUGGAUCCCACUGCCGUGCAGCUGCGAUGAAGUGAACGGGGCUAAGGUCGUACAUUAUGGAAUGGUGGUGGAUGAAGGAAACACGGUGGAUGCGAUAGCGGAGCAGUACGGGACCACUCCGGCUACACUUUUGACACUCAAUAACAUGACUGAUGCCAAGCAGCUUCUGGCCGGCCAAGUCCUUGACAUUCCUCUCCCAGCUUGUUCAUCUAAUGUAAGUAGUAGCUCCUUGGACUACCCCCUACUUCAGCUUGCCAAUGGCACUUAUGUCUACACUGCUUACAACUGUGUGAAGUGCAAAUGUGACUCAGCCAACAACUAUAAACUGCAAUGCGAGCCUUCUGGACUCAAACCAACUCAAUGGACUACAUGCCCUGCCAUGCAAUGUGAAGGUGCAGACAGUCUAUCCAUCGGUAACAAAACAUCUUCCGGUUGUAACCAAACAAGCUGCGUCUAUUCAGGUUUCACUAGCCAAACCAUUUUGACAUCCCUUGUCACAGAGUCCAUUUGUCCAGCUCCUUCUGCUCCUGCUGCUCCUUCUGCUCCUGCUGCUCCUUCUGCUGCUCCUUCUGCUCCUGCUGCUCCUUCUGCUGCUCCUUCUGCUCCUGCUGCUCCUUCUGCUGCUUGGAAGAUUGGUUUUCAAGGUUUGGGAUGGAACUUCUUUCUUCUGAUCUCAAUUCAAUUGAUCUUCCUUUCUCUUCAUCUUUCUCAGUAAGAUGUAUGUAUUGUCUACGCUUUCAUCAACUUCCUGUACGAGUAUAUAAGCAUACAAUUGUAAUGUGGAGUGCUGAAUUUUGGUGUAUUAGAAUAAACAUAUUCCAUCGGGCAGCAGAUAAUUAAAGUUUUUUCCGAUCGGAGAGUUGUCUCUUAUAAUAUUUUUUUUAAUAAAAUUUGCUGAAGUUUUACUUAAA